AUGGGGAAAAAGAUCUUUAAACUCCACGAAAAGAGACUUAUAUUUUUUAUGAAGCCUAGUCCAGAAGCUAACAAACUAAAAAAGCUUGUAUAUGACCAUGGAGGAAUCUUAUACAAAACAAAGCGAAAACCUGAAUAUAUAGCUUUAGCACCUCAUGACGUUGAUUACGUUCUUCCACAAAAUCAAAAAUACCCGGUUUAUUCAUUUCGAUUCAUAUAUGACUCAAUUAGGGAACGAAAGUUGCUGGAUGUUGAUAGCUAUGAAUUGCGAAGGCUAAAUAAAAAAAGGCUUCAAUAUAACGAUGACCCCCCCUCAAUCUUCAUGUCUAUUGCAACAAAAAUGCAAUUUUUUUUAAUAUAAAAUUUUAUAUAAAAAAAUAAUAAUUUUCAUGUCUCUUGCAACAAAUUAUAUAAAAAAAAUUUAUAAUUUUCAUGUCUCUUGCAACAAAUUAUAUAUAUUAAAAUGGCGAAACGUGUCAGCCUGCCCUCUUGGCGCAGCAUUCUAGACUUUAUGGCUAAUGCGAACUGGGACGGACCCCGAGCCGAGAAUCAGACGCAGGCUCAAGAAGUGUAUAUCCGGGCAGGUUUUGGCUGCUUUCCUGUGGUUGGAAAUAGAUGCGCUCAACAACGUCCUUUUGAUCCGAGGACCCAUGGGCAUUCCUCUACUGAGAAACUGGGGUUUUUGCCCAGGCCACAGGGGAAUAGUCUUUUUCGUGUAGCUGUCGAAGGAAGGCACUUUGACACCCGAUAGACUCUAAGGAGCUGAUCCUUGGAAUCAAGCUACUCCAAUUGCCCGUAGCAGGGACGCAGAAAUCCAUAAGCCGCCCACUCAAGACUGAAGCCGCAAGGCAAGGAGGAGACAGAAGGUACCGGAAGGGCACUCGUAAGAGGAAUAGACCCUCUGGGCUGGAAUCGAAAAGCGGUAGAACCUUCUGCACGGGAGGUCUUUGGUGACUGCGUCACCAAUAUGGCUAGCGCCUGUCUGUAAUAAUUCUAAUCCUCUUGCAACAAAUUUUCGAUGCGCAUCUUAAUUUUUUCUGUACUUUUUAGCUAGAUAAGUUUAAUAAAAUGGUGAGCAAUGACAAUAGCCGUCCAAAUCUCGAUGAGAAGGUCAUUGGCACGCCUACAGCAGCGCUGUUUUAUGGGGUUUUUGAGAAACUCACCUAGAGAAAAAUGCAUUAAUUCUUUUUUAUAAAAAAUGUUUGUGUGUUGCAGUAGGCAUGAAAAUUUUUUCGAAAAAUUUUUGUUGCAAUAGACAUGAAGAUUGAGGGGGGUCAUCGUUACAAGAGAUUAGAUUAGAUUAGAAAUAUGUUAUAGCGGGUCUUAAGGGAUUAUUUCAGCCCCUCGCCGUCUCACGGAUAGCUUCGCAGCGACGCUAAGCGCUAUCCUCACACCACCUUUUUCCCUUUCUGACGUCACCAAAAAAAAUGGUGACGUCGAAGGUCUUCGGGGAAGCCACCCCAUCCGGUCAGGGUCUCCGAAUCUCAGCAGAAAACUCCUUUAACCUCUGACAGGGCUCAGAGUAUAGGGGAAUCGCUUUCUGCCUUCUCCAUGACCUGUCAGAACCGUGUCACAGGUUCGAUAAUGCUCUCAUGGAGUGGUAUCGGGACUUUGUGCCAGUAGGGUUAACUCGUAGGUAAGGAAAAAAGGACAAGGGUCAGCCCCAAGUCAAAAAACCACCCCGGAGAACUAUCGCCAUGUGGCUCGCCUUUCCUGGGCCUGGAUCAACUCACAGGUCACCAGGAGUCCACGUCAGAUCACGCCAUUUUAAUAAUUCUUCGUUACAAGAGAAGAUGAAGAAAAAAUGAUUGAAUAUGUAAAGACAACAGUUGGAAACCCAAAUAAUAGAAUUUUUUGGGCAGGACUUGCAGAUAAAGGUAUAAAUCAUAGUGAUGAAAGUUUGAGAUACCAUUGAACAAGGAUAAUGACAGGAAUAAACAAAGAAGAAGCAGAAAGAAUAUCAAGUAAAAACUUAAAAAUUAAAUAUGAGAUUAUCAAGCCAGAUGAAGCUGAAACUCCUAACUUCUCCCUGUGAGAGAACAAAAAAUUUUUGUUCGCUCCAUGGAGGGUUUUUUUUUUUUAAAAAAUUUGUAUAUAAAUUUAAUAUUAAAAUUCGAAAAACUUUUAAAGAAUCCCAAUUCGAAAUAAUUAGAAAGGAAAUAUUAAUAUAAUUUGUAAAAAAUUUAUGUUUAAAUGCAAGCUGUAUAACAUUAAAUAGAAUCAGCUAGAGAUUUUAUUAUAUUAAUUAUCACUUAUAUAUCAAAAUUUUUUGUAUGUUUUAAGGAGGCUUUUUGGCAAAAAAUAGUGAUUUUUCCAUUGGUUUUGCUCUCACAGAGGGAGGAGUAAGAAAUCGCAGUCUCAAUUUGUUUUAGAGAGCUUAAAAAGUGAGCAAAAUUUUCUCAGUGAAAAUGAGAAUAGAACUCCAAGUUUAGCGAAAUGCUUUGAAAAUCAAUUCAAAAGGAAAAGAGAAACAUCAAUUGAAGGUAUGAAAAAAAUAAGAGAAAUCGAUAGUUGUGAAAAAGAACGAUCUAAAAAGUCUCAAACUAAAGCUAUAAUAAAAGAAAUACGCGUCCAAAAUACUAAAGGCAUUGAUCAUAAAGAAUCCGAAAGGAGUCGGCAAAGCCAAAACAAGAUUCCAAGCAAUAAUUUAGACUUAAAAGCAAGAGCAUAUGAUGAACUAGAAAGUAUUUCAGUCACUCCAAUCUCAAAAAAGUUUAGCCAAACUAUUUUGUGUAACAGUUCAAAUCAAGAAAUGCAGGCACGAGGAAAAUCCAAAAUUAUCUCGCAGAAAUCUAUAGAAAAAGAGAAUAUUCAUCCAAAUGAAAAUAUUGAAAACCCAAUAACUGAGAAAAAGGAUUUUCAUUUUCGCCCACCGCUGCAGAGCGUAGUUGCAGAAGAAGAGCAGUUAAACAAUUAUGUUGAAAUUAAUCAAAGCAACAGCAUUAAUAAAGAAAUUCUAUCAGAUUUAGAGAGUAAAACAAUUGAAAAACCAAAUAUUCACCUUCCAGCUUCAAUCUUGCGCAAGAAUUCACCUAAGAUAAAAGAAAUAAAUCAGUCUUGCAAAAUUCAGAAGGCAAAUGAGCAAUAUGAUUUUCAUGAUAUGUUUCCCAAAAAGGAAGAUUUUCUUGUUACAUUUAAUAAUCAAACUCGAACAGUUCAUGACUUGAGACCACUUAGACUUCUCUCAAAUGAUUACGACAUAGAUAAUCAAUUUUUAAAAUUAGUAAAAUUGUGCCAAAAAAUAAGCAAAAAGAAUCUGACUGAAAAAGAAGUUAUUUCAGCACUUGAAUCUAAAGAUGGAGUGGUUGCUGACACAGUUUCGUAUUUUUUAGCUCAAAAAAUUGUUAUGUAA